AUGGAAUCAUGCAGACUUGCUGACGAAUUGACGGACAAAUGCAGCAACAUGCAAAAGGGCGGGAAGAAGGCUCUGGCGUCAGGGUACAGAGAGCUGUCUUAUCAUCUACACCCAAAAGGCCUUGUUCUUCUGUCUCACCUCUUCUCUCCCUCACUCAAAGAAAUGCGCUCACAAGCUUUUCCGCCUGCCUGCCCUCCAAGUUCGUCUCCAGGGCCAGAGGUGGUAAAGACGAGAUAA